ACAGCUGGCGGUCAAAUGAGCCGAUCGACGCUCUAUUCGCAACGAAUUGAAUAAUUUCACUCGAUCAACGAUUCAACUGCUUUUAUUGCGUUCCAAUAAAGAAUGUUAUUCAACAUUUGGUCGAGCUAAUAUGAUCAACACAUUUGACAAAGUGUAACAUGAGAUUAUAAAAAGCGAACAGCUCUAUAAACUUCGUCGACGCAUAUAGACUACAGAGGAACAAGAGCAGGGCGCUUUAAAGAAUUCGAUGUGUAUACAAUUAUCACAUUAAGUUUGGACAGAUUAAACAAACUACUUUUUAUCGAGUGGGAAAGAUUCUGUUCAAACAAAGUCUCAUUAUAAACUACCGGUAUGUACAGUUCGCUAAAGCAAUAAAAGGGAACGCAAAUUUCUGUUGUCCGAUAGGGACUUUCGUUUGUGUGAUUUGUUUAUUGGACAAUAGGUGUUUAAUCAAAAUAUUGAAUUCGGAUGAGAUAUAUGGAUAGACCACACCACUCACAAUGGAAUUAAGUGGAACAAAAAUAAAUGAACUAGAGUUAAGGAAUAGUUUGCGUAUGUUUACAGUAUGAAUUUGUAGUUAAACCCAGUGUACACUACUUAAAAAAACUUAUUGUGCAUAGUUUAAAACAUCGCGAACUUAGUUGUCAAUUAAUGAUUUAUGACGUCAUUAAUUGUUGCAUGCAUAAAGAAGGUACUUUAUUUUUUUAGCAAAACAGUUAAACCCCGUAUGCUUAAAACUAGUAUAUGGACAAUGUCUGUAAUAAUUAAAUCAUUUCUUAUAUUUUCUUGGACAACUUUAACACAUUUAUGCAUGCAGCUAAUUUUAAUUGGACGCAGUUCAAUUGACGACACUCAAUGAUGAAGAUUUCACAAGUGUUAAAACUUAGAAUUAAAAAAAUCAACAAUAACAACAUGCACGCAAAACAAAUACGGCAACAUAAACAACAUUGACAAUAACAAUAAAAACAGCAAAAAAGACAACCAAAACAAAGACAACAACAGCAAUAACAACAACACUAAGAAACACCCAACAUCGACGGCAGGAGCGACAAUGGAGCGUUUGAGGCGGUCCGUGUUUUACUCGCCUAACGAUACGACAACGCCAGAAUACAAAUUGUUCCUCCGCAAUCAAAUGAAGAAAAAUGCAUUCACUGUCGUGAAAGUACAGUACACACCUUCAAUAUACAGCUCCCUGUCAACGACGCGCGUGCGACAGCGUCUAUGUGACCUCAUGGGGACUGACGUCAUCAGGCUGAACGACAAACGAUAUUUCCAGAAGCUUUCCGAGCGAUUGCAGGAUGAAUAUGAGACGAUUAUGGACAAACAGGAAGAGGCGCGCGCAGCCUCGGAGGAACAGCGUAUCCGGCGCCUGAUGCUCGAGGGAGUGAUAGACGCUCCCAAUGACUACCGCGCAGUAGUACACGGCACACACCACAAACCGCAGACGAAAAAGAAACUGAAGUCAGGAAAACGACACUCGUCUGCUCGCUCACACCGCGAGGCGACGGGAUCUGCAGGAUCAGACGAGGAGGGACAGACGAAAACUAAGAAAGAGGAAGUGGAAACCCAGGUUGGCUUGAUGUCCGGUUCCAGGCCUGGUUCCCACAAGUCCUCGCUGCGCAUGCGCGCCUCAAACGAAAAUGCACGAACGCCAUCGAGACGAGUCUUUAUCGACGACAAAGAAAACGACCGCGCGCAACAACAACAACAACAACAGCAAACUUCAAAUGAAAUGCAUGCGCGUCCUCCUCAUCACGAAAACGUUUUACGGAGUCCGUCGGCCUGCGGUACUCAUCGGAAGGAGCGGCGGGUGCAGUCGGCAGCACCGCGCCUAACUCGACGAGAGAACGGAAGGACGUCGCCGGGAGAAUCUGAAUCCGAUGGAGAGGUUAAUGACGGAGUUGGGUCGGGGGAUAGGCCAUUCGACACCCAGAGUCUUCCGGACCGGAACGCCCACCGGAUGUACUCAAAAUACUCCGUAUACGAGCCGGAAAGGGUGUCCAGACUUCGCGGGGCCGAGACGGUAGAAGGCCUAUAUGCCAUCGCGGAAGAAAUAGUUUCACCCGUGCGAGCGCGUGAUGACACAGACCGAAAAGUAGUUCGCGUUCCAAAACAAAAGAAAAUGACUACGUCGUUGUCCUAACAUUGUUUUUAUGCACUAACGUUUGUAUAAUCUAUAACACAUGUGACAUUUGUGCUAUUCGUUGUUUUGAGCCUAUAUAAAAUCUUCAUAUAAAUCAUG